UCCCACAUUCUGCGCAUCGAAUCAUCUGCACUCGAUUAGCUUUGACUUGAGCUCCGAGAAAUAGAUCAAAUCCUGACCUCAAUUCGGGGUUUUGUUUUUAUUUAGUUUUUUCUCUCCAAAACUCAUACUAAAAUGGACUGUCUAGCAUCGUUUACAAAUGAUCCCUUUGACAAGCCGCCCUGCAGAGGAUGCUCUUCGUAUCUAACUGAGCCUUACAUCAAGUGUGCAGAAUGUGGACCAGCUCCGUUUCUGCUCUGCCUCCAGUGUUUCACCAGGGGAUUUGAGUACAAAAAACAUCAGAGUGAUCACAAAUAUGAAAUCAUGACAUCGGACUUCCCGGUUCUGGAGCCGGGCUGGACAGCGCAGGAGGAGAUGGCGCUGCUGGAGGCGGUCAUGGACUGUGGCUUUGGGAACUGGCAGGACGUAGCAUAUCAGAUGCGCACUAAAACCAAAGAAGAAUGCGAGAGCCACUACAUGAAGAAUUUCAUCAAUAACCCGCUCUUCUCCUCCACCCUGCUCAGCCUGCGGAGAGCAAAGGACUCUUGCUAUGCAGACGGAGCCAUUCCUUUCAAACCCUCCGACGACCCCCCCCGGCCGACCUUUGACUCGGUUCUGUCUCGGGACAUGGCAGGGUACAUGCCAGCCAGGGCGGACUUCAUGGAGGAGUUCGACAACUACGCAGAAUGGGAUCUGAAAGACAUUGACUUUGUGGACGAUGACUCAGAUAUACUGCACGCUCUCAAGCUCGCAGUCGUCGAUAUAUAUCAUUCGAGAUUAAAAGAGAGACAAAGAAGAAAGAAGAUCAUUCGAGACCACGGUUUGAUCAACCUGCGCAAAUUCCAGAUGUUGGAGCGGUGUUACCCGAAAGAGGUGCAGGAGCUGUAUGAGGUCAUGAGGCGGUUCGCCAGAGUGGUCGGACCGACCGAACACGACAAAUUCAUCGAAAGCCACGCACUUGAGUUCGAGCUGAGGAGAGAGAUCCGCAGGCUGCAGGAAUACAGGAAGGCAGGAAUCAAGUCCUUCUGCAGUGCCAAGGUGUACGAGCGAGUGAAGAGGAUGCGUGAGGACGAGCGGAGGAAGAGGACCAUGCUGAAUGACGUUCUGCAGUACAUCCAGGACGGCAGAGCGUGUCAGCAGUGGCUCAGCAAGCAGGCGGCCAUAGAUGCUGGCGUCACUCCAGCUGUCACAACAAUCACGGUGUCAGCAACAGGCAGGCGGAGCGCGCCUCCUCUCAACCUGACCGGACUUCCAGGGACAGAGAAGCUCGACGAGCGUGAGAAGGAGCUGUGCCAGGUGGUGCGGCUGGUGCCGGGGGCCUACCUGGAGUACAAGCAGGCUUUACUCAACGAGUGCAGGCGGCAGGGCGGGCUGCGGCUGGCGCAGGCCCGAGCGCUGAUCAAGAUCGACGUCAACAAGACGCGCAAAAUCUACGACUUCCUCAUCAAAGAGGGAUACAUCACCAAGGCGUAGUCAGAGGUUCAUUCUACUGUAAUCCUCCUCAGACUGACAGUGUUUUUAAAAGUGUUUUUAUUUUCCAAGUGUUGUCAUGUCGUGGUCGUCAGUUUUUACACAUAGUAAAAUGACGUGUUUGUGUUAUUCUGUGUCUGACUGGCUCCUGUUUUAAUGACUUAUUUCUUGUCAGAUUGGCUGAUAAAUAUAUCUUGGUGAAACAUAAUUUUGAUGAUUAAAUCAAAAUAGUCCUUUCCAUUGUUUUUCAAAGCAAAUCAUUUCAAAAUGGUCACAAAAACGAGAGUCGGAUCCAGGGCUUUGUAAUACCAACAUAGGCUACCAGGUAAGGACAAUAAUGUGCCUCCUGGAACCAUGGAUCGCUCUGUAAGAGUCAGCGGCCGGAACGCUCAGGUUACCAUGUUUGUGAGCAUAAAGUUCCUCAAUUAAGAAAAUGUCUUAUUUAUUUUAAUUGAGGAAAAGAUUUUGAAAAAAAACAUGAAAUUUUAACUUUGUCUUCUGUCCGCAUAAAUCUUUACUGAAAAUAAAAUAAAAAAAAUUGAAUUGA